AUGGCGCAGACGGUUAGCAUCGUCGUUGCGGGCGCAUCGAUGGCAGCACUCGCGUCACAACCCGCGCUGAGAGGCAAUCUGACGGCUAUGCUAGCCAAAUGGACAGGCUACAACGCGCCUGGAGGUGUCUGGAGGAUAGCUGCGAUUCUUCUCGCAUUGGCGAACCUCAAGAAUCUGCCAUUCGUCUGGCAUCUGCGCUUCAUCCGUGCCUUCUUCUACCAACUGUAUCUCCAACCGACCCCAAUUCCUCCGCAUGCGCUCUUCCAACCGAUCAUAACCUCGACCCGUACCACGCUCCUUGAAACAGACUACAACAUGCACAAGUCGAAUAGCACAUACUUUAGCGACAUGGACAUAUCUCGUACCCAUCUCUUCACCGCGCUCAUUCGAAAUGGCAUUAGGAAGAACAGCCGCCUAUAUGGCGCCAAGAAAAAUGCAGUAGCAGGAGCAGUAGGCGCCACAGAAGGUACACGGGGCAAGCAUAUGAUUGCCCUAGGAGGCAUAAGCUGUCUGUUCAAGAAGGAGAUCUUGCCGUACAAGAAGUAUGAGAUGUGGACAAGACUUCUUUGUUGGGACAGGAAGUGGUUCUAUCUAGUCACACAUCUUGUCAAGCCUGGUGUAGGACAACCCGAGAGCUGGACACUGCAGCCUUGGAAGAAGUCCAAAGGCACCAAGGACGCUGACCCUGAGAAGCUGAAGGGCGCCGUAUAUGCAACCGCGAUUGCGAAGUAUGUGAUCAAAAGAGGCAGGAUCACAGUCCCUCCAGAACAGGCACUGAUAGACGCUGAUAUGGUACCAACGAAGCCAGAGGGUUGGAUUUAUCAAGGGCUCGCACACGAGGAGAAUGAAGCGAAUGGUGAUGUUCUACCCAAGGCUGUAGAAGCGAAGGAUUGGAACUGGGACGUUAUCGAGGCGGAACGACUCAGAGGCUUGAAGGUGGCGGAGAACUUUGCGGCCAUGGACGGCAUGCAUGAGUUCUUCGAUGGCGGAAAAGAUGGUGUUUUGGGGGAAUACGCGGAUUUGUUGUACUGA